AGACCAACUUGUUUGGUGUGACUCGUGCGAAGACACUUCCAACGGAUCUUUUUCUCUCUUGCUGGAAAGAAUCAAGAUCUGUUAUUCAACACACGCACACUCUCUCUCUCGCCUUCCCUUCCUUCUGAUCGAAUUUUCCUUCAAUAUUCUAGUCCAUGUCUAUAUUUCUCAAAUUCGGAGCGAUCUCAUAGAAAUUUUCUCUAAACGUAGUCCAAGGGCUUUGUUCAGCUGUUACAUGAACUCCAGCUAUCCAUGGCUUUCAUGGCGGUCUUGGAAUCAGAUCUCCGUGCUCUCUCUGCCGAGGCUCGCCGUCGCUAUCCUGCUGUCAAGGACGGAGCCGAACAUGCUAUCUUGAAGCUUCGUAUGUUGUCAAGUCCCAGUGAGAUUGCAAAUAAUGAGGAUAUACUCAGAAUAUUUUUGAUGGCUUGUGAGGUCAGAACUGUCAAGCUGAGUGUUCUGGGACUGUCGUGUUUGCAAAAGCUAAUAUCUCAUGACGCAGUUGCUCCAUCAGCUUUAAAAGAGAUUCUAUCUACACUGAAAGAUCAUGCUGAAAUGGCUGAUGAGAUUGUUCAACUCAAGACACUUCAGACAAUAUUAAUAAUACUACAGUCACGUUUACAUCCUGAAAAUGAGGACAGCAUGGCUCAAGCUCUUGGUAUCUGUCUUCGGCUUCUUGAAAACAAUCGAUCCUCUGACAGUGUGCGGAAUACUGCUGCAGCUACCUUCAGACAAGCAGUGGCUUUAAUUUUUGGUCAUGUAGUUUCUGCUGAGUCUCUGCCUGCUGGCAAGUUUGGUUCCGGAAGUUACAUCUCUCGGACUAGUUCAGUUCCUGGUGAUAUCAGUCGCAGCAUCAAUCUUUCAGAGUCAUUGGAGCUUGAGUCUAUUUCUGGAGGGUCAGCAUUGAUGAGAGAGUCCCUAACUAAAGUUGGAAAGCUUGGGCUUCGUCUGCUCGAAGACCUGACAGCCCUUGCUGCAGGUGGAUCAGGAAUUUGGUUACGAGUUAAUUCUCUUCAGCGACCCUUUGUACUUGAUAUACUUGAGUUUAUUUUGUCAAACUAUGUGGCUGUUUUCAGAACGCUGAUUCCAUAUGAGCAGAUUCUGCGACACCAGAUAUGUUCACUUCUAAUGACUUCAAUUCGUACCAAUGCUGAGGUUGAAGGAGAAGCAGGAGAGCCUUCUUUUCGUCGCUUGGUUUUGCGGUCAGUUGCUCAUAUUAUCAGGCUUUACAGUUCAUCCCUUAUCACUGAAUGUGAGGUUUUCCUCAGUAUGUUAUUGAAGGUUAUUUUUCUUGACCUUCCAUUGUGGCAUCGCAUUCUUGUUCUUGAAAUCUUAAGGGGUUUUUGUGUGGAGGCAAGGACAUUGAGGAUCCUUUUUCAGAACUUUGACAUGAAUCCCAAGAACACUAAUGUUGUUGAAGGCAUGGUUAAAGCUCUCGCUAGAGUUGUUUCUUGUGUACAUGUUCAAGAGACCAGUGAGGAGAGCCUGGCUGCUGUUGCAGGGAUGUUCAGUAGCAAAGCUAAAGGGGUUGAGUGGAGCCUUGAUAAUGAUGCAUCCAAUGCUGCAGUUUUAGUUGCCAGUGAAGCUCAUGCGAUAACUCUGGCUGUUGAAGGUUUGUUGGGUGUUGUCUUUACGGUAGCCACGUUGACAGAUGAAGCGAUGGAUGUUGGUGAGCUUGAAUCUCCCAAAUGUGAUUAUGAUCCGCCUGCAAAAUGUACUGGGAAAACUGCUCUUCUCUGCCUUUCGAUGGUUGAUUCAGUGUGGUUGACCAUACUAGAUGCCCUAUCUCUUAUUUUGUCAAGGUCACAAGGAGAGGCAAUCGUGUUGGAAAUACUGAAGGGAUAUCAGGCAUUCACUCAGGCGUGUGGAGUUCUUCGAGCUGUAGAACCUUUAAACUCCUUUCUAGCAUCUCUUUGCAAAUUUACGAUCAAUUUUCCGAAUGAAGCAGAAAGAAGGAGCAGUGCUUUACAAUCUCCUGGUCCAAGACGCUCUGAAUCAUUAGGCGACCAAAGGGAAACCAUUGUCCUUACUCCCAAGAAUGUGCAGGCUUUAAGAACUCUGUUCAACAUUGCUCAUCGACUCCAUAACGUGUUGGGUCCAUCCUGGGUUUUGGUCUUGGAAACUCUAGCAGCUCUAGACCGAGCAAUCCAUUCACCACAUGCCACCACACAGGAGGUCACAACAGCUGUCCCAAAGCUUACAAGGGAAUCAUCUGGUCAAUACAGUGAUUUCAGUAUUCUUUCAUCUUUAAAUUCUCAGCUGUUUGAGAGCUCGGCACUAAUGCACAUAUCUGCAGUAAAAUCCCUUCUGUCUGCAUUGCGCCAGCUUUCAGAACAAUGUAUUUCUGGGACUCUAAGUGGUUCUGGACCAGCAUCAAGUCAAAAAUUUGGAAGUAUCAUGUUUUCGGUGGAACGUAUGAUUUGCAUACUGGUCAAUAAUCUUCACAGAGUGGAGCCAUUGUGGGAUCAAGUUAUUGGCCACUUUCUUGAGCUUGCAGACAAACCUAACCAGCAUUUAAGAAAUAUGGCCCUGGAUGCACUAGACCGGUCAAUAUGUGCUGUUUUAGAUUCAGAUCAAUUCCAGGAUGAUAUGACAACUAGAUCCCAUGAGACAUCUCAGAAUGUGGAAACCGGGCUUUCAGAAAUAGGAUCACUUGAAUGUGCUGCCAUAUCUCCAUUGCGGGUUCUUUAUUUAUCUACUCAAAGCAUUGAUGUACGUGCUGGAUCGUUGAAAAUUCUUCUUCAUGUUUUAGAGAGGCAUGGAGAAAAGUUACACUACAGUUGGCCUGAUAUUCUUGAAAUGUUGAGGUCUGUGGCUGAUGCUUCAGAGAAGGAAAUUGUCACCUUGGGCUUCCAGAGCCUACGUGUGAUUAUGAAUGAUGGACUUUCCACUAUUCCUGCAGACUGCCUUCAUGUAUGUGUAGAUGUGACUGGAGCAUACAGUUCCCAGAAAACAGAGCUGAAUAUAAGUUUGACAGCUAUAGGCCUUUUAUGGACUACAACUGACUUUAUUGCAAAAGGGCUUAAGCGCACGGAAAAGGAAAUGGAUGGUCAAAAGCCAGAAGAGCAAACACGUAGUGUUUUGGACCAAGUGCGUUUGAUAAAUGUCAUUGAUCGUGACAAGUUGCUUUUCUCUGUUUUUUCAUUGCUUCAGAAUCUUGGAGCUGAUGAGAGGCCAGAGGUCAGAAAUUCAGCAGUCAGGACUCUUUUUCAGACUCUGGGAAGUCAUGGGCAGAAACUCUCAAAAAGCAUGUGGGAGGAUUGCCUUUGGAAUUAUGUUUUCCCUACACUAGAUCGUGCUUCUCACAUGGCUGCAACUUCAUCAAAAGACGAAUGGCAAGGGAAAGAACUUGGAACUAGAGGUGGAAAAGCAGUUCACAUGCUCAUACAUCAUAGUCGCAACACAGCUCAGAAACAGUGGGAUGAAACACUUGUUCUUGUUCUUGGUGGAAUAGCUCGUAUUUUACGUUCUUUCUUUCCAUUUCUCAGAAGCUUGACCAACUUUUGGUCAGGAUGGGAAUCAUUGCUUCUGUUUGUGAAAAAUAGUAUUCUUAAUGGUAGCAAAGAGGUUUCUCUUGCAGCAAUAAAUUGCUUACAGACAACUGUUCUUUCCCAUUCUUCAAAGGGAAAUGUACCAAUGCCUUACCUUACAUCGGUGCUUGAUAUUUAUGAGUUUGUUCUUCAAAAGUCAACAAACUAUUGUGGUAAUGCAGCUAGCAAGGUGAAGCAGGAGAUUUUACACGGUCUUGGGGAACUAUAUGUUCAAGCACAGAGGAUGUUUGACAAUCAAUUGUAUACAAUGUUGCUUGGGAUCAUAAAUUUGGCUGUCAAGCAAGCCAUAGUGGAUAGUGAUAACUUUGAAACUGAAUUUGGACACGUUCCUCCUGUUUUACGUACAAUACUGGAGAUUUUACCAUUGUUACGUCCAGCUGAUCACCUUUCAUCCAUGUGGCUAAUUCUUCUUCGGGAUUUUUUGAAAUAUUUACCAAGAUCUGACUCCCCCUCACAAGAUGAGGAAGAUGAAGCAGUGCAAGCCAGCGCUAUUGACCAAAAUCAAGAUGCUGACCUGAAGUAUGAAAGAUCGAAUGGGACUGGUUCCAAAUCCCUAAACAAAAUGGAAAUAACAUCUCCAACUUCAGCAGGCAUCCCUAGUUAUUUGUUUGCAGAAAAGCUUGUUCCUUUGCUGGUAGAUCUCUUUUUACAGGCACCAGCAAUUGAAAAGUAUAUUAUAUAUCCUGAAAUUAUUCAAAGUCUGGGAAGGUGUAUGACUACUAGAAGAGACAGCCCAGAUGGUGCACUCUGGAGGUUAGCUGUUGAAGGCUUCAAUCAUAUUCUUGUUGAUGAUCUCUGCAAAUUAUCUGUGGACUCUGGACAUGAUUCUAAUGUCAGUAAACCUGCAAGAACACGUAUUUGGAAGGAAGUUGCAGAUGUAUAUGAAAUAUUCCUUGUGGGUUAUUGUGGGCGGGCCCUUCCUUCUGAUUCUCUUUCAGCUGUGGCAGUAAAGGCUGAUGAGUCACUUGAGAUUACGACUUUAAACAUUCUUGGUGACCAAAUUUUGAGGCUGCCAAUUGAUGCACCUUCUGAUAUUUUGCUAAGACUAGUGUCUACCUUGGACCGUUGUGCAUCACGGACUUGCUCUUUGCCUGUUGAGACUGUAACACUUAUGCCUUCUCACUGUAUAAGAUUUUCCUUGGCUUGCUUACAGAAGUUAUUUUCCUUGAGCAGCUAUGAAGAGAAAGCCAAUAGUUGGAGUUUGGAAAGAUCUGAAAUUAGCAAAAUUUCAAUCAUGGUUCUCAUGACCAGAUGCGAAUUCAUCUUGAACAGAUUUUUGAUUGAUGAGGGAGACUCUGGUGAAGGUCCACUACCAGCUGCAAGGGUAGAGGAACUCAUCUAUGUCCUGGAGGAACUGAGCCGUCUGGUCAUUCAUCCAGACUCAGCAUCUGCUCUUCACUUGCAUCCAUAUUUGAAAGACGGCCUGGCCAAGGAAAACAAUCGUGAGAAGCGGUCACAUCUGCUUGUUUUGUUUCCAUGCCUUUGUGAGCUUGUCAUAUCAAGGGAAGCAAGAGUAAGAGAACUGGUGCGAGUACUACUCAGACUUGUUACGAAAGAGUUAGCACUAGACGUCUCCUUAUCCAGUCAACACAUGGAAGAGUACUUUUUGACAACGCAGAGUCCCAAGUCGGUUCCAUGAUACUUGUUAUUAAUAGAAAGUUUAGGGGAGGAAGAAUAUUUUCUCCUCCAUUAGGAUUACGUUACUAUAGUUUGUACAUUAUAUAGGAAAACUGUCAAUUUUGUUGUAUUCAAAACAGUUAACCUCAGGCUGGUAAUUUUUUGGGUUUUUGAGCAAUUUUGAUUCUUUGGUGCAAAAGGAGUACUGUAUACAAUUCAACAGUGUUGGGGAGCCUUGUUUCUAUGUUCCCUUCAAUGAUUUUUAUGCCAAAUUCAGGCGAGAUAACUUUAUCCUUUGACAUCAAACGUUCAGGACUGCAUUGUGGAUUUUACCAUCCAGCAAGGACGACCAGUAGUGUGGUUCUCAAGUUUUCUUCCAUUUCUAUAAACGUUUUACUUACAAAACGGUAGAGACUCGGUCGAAACUUGAAAGUGCGGGAUACCCUUUCUUGCAACUCUUUUUUUAUUGUGGUACGCUCAUUGUAAAGACAUUUGACAAAAAGGAAUUUAAUGUUUAUAUUUGGGAAUUUUGGUUGCUCGUAGA